AUGUCGGCGCCGUGCCCGCGCCUGCCCGCCGCCGGGUCAGCACCGGCGGAGGCGGACAGCGCCGGCGGCAUGGAGCCGCCCGCCGCCGCCGCCGCCGCCGGGGCCGCCGCCCUGGAGCUGGCCCUGGAGGAGGAGCUGGCGCUGCUGGCCGCCGCCGGGGAACCGCCGGAGCCGCCGCCCGCCGCCGCCACCCGCGACCCCGAGCUGCUGUCGCUGAUCCGGCAGAAGGAGAAGGACCUGGUGCUGGCGGCGCGGCUGGGCAAGGCGCUGCUGGAGCGCAACCAGGACAUGAGCCGCCAGUACGAGAGGAUGCACAAGGAGCUCACCGACAAGCUGGAGCACCUGGAACAAGAGAAGCAUGAACUGCGGAGGCGGUUUGAAAACAAGGAAGGAGAAUGGGAAGGAAGGGUGUCUGAGCUGGAAAGCGACGUGAAGCAGCUGCAGGACGAGCUGGAGAGGCAGCAGGUUCACCUGCGGGAAGCUGACCGUGAGAAGACACGGGCUGUCCAGGAACUCUCCGAACAGAACCAAAGACUUCUGGACCAGCUCAGCAGGGCAUCCGAGGUGGAGCGGCAGCUCUCCCUGCAGGUCCACACGCUCCGGGAGGACUUUCGGGAGAAGAACUCCUCCAGCAGCCAACACAUCGUGCGGCUCGAGAGCCUCCAGGCUGAGCAGGUCCUUGAAAUCAAAAUGCUGACAGACAGAAAACGUGAGCUGGAGCAUCGCCUCAGUGCCAUGAUGGAGGAGAACGACCUGCUGCAGGGAACGGUGGAGGAGCUGCAGGACCGAGUCCUCAUCCUGGAGAGACAAAGCCAUGACAAGGACCUGCAGCUGCACCAAAGCCAGUUGGAGCUCCAGGAGGUGCGGCUGUCCUACCGGCAGCUGCAGGGGAAGGUGGAAGAGCUCAGCGAGGAGAGAAGUCUCCAAAAUUUCAACACAACCAGCACAUCGCUGCUGUCUGAGAUAGAGCAGAGCAUGGAGGCAGAGGAGCUGGAACAAGAACGAGAACAGCUGAGGCUGCAGCUCUGGGAGGCAUAUUGCCAAGUGCGGUACCUCUGCUCCCAUCUCAGAGGAAAUGACAGCGCAGACUCCGCCGUCUCCACGGACUCCUCCAUGGAUGAGUCUUCAGAAACCUCAUCAGCCAAAGAUGUCCCGGCCGGCAGCCUACGGGCAGCUCUCAGCGAGCUGAAAAGACUGAUACAAAACGUGCUGGAUGGGGCAGAUUCCACGAGCUCUCGGCGGAGCGACGAUGACUCCUUGGAGGAACAGAUCAGGAGAACAAGUGAGGACUCGCGAGCCCUGAGGGAGUUAAUGGAGGGAGAACGGGGGAAACUGAGGCAAAGUCUGGAGGAGCUGCAGCGGCUGCACAGCCAGGUCACACUGCUGAGCGUGGAGAUGACAACACUGAAGGAGGAGCGGGACCGGCUGCGGGGCGCUGCAGAAGACAAGGAGACGAGCGAACGGCUCCUGCAGGCCAUCCGGGAUCGGGACGAGGCCAUCGCCAAGAAGAACGCUGUGGAGGUGGAGCUGGCCAAGUGCAAGAUUGACAUGAUGUCCCUCAACAGCCAGUUGCUGGAUGCCAUCCAGCAGAAGGUGAACCUCUCGCAGCAGCUGGAGGCCUGGCAGGAUGACAUGCACAGGGUCAUUGACCAGCAGCUGAUGGACAAACACCCGAAGGAAUGGAGCCAGCUUGCUUAUUCCUUCUCCAGUGGCUACGUGGCAAAGCAGAGUGCCAGACCCUCCCCUGUGCUCCGGCCAGAGCCACAGGGGGACGAGCCCAGCGGGGCAGAAGGGCACCGUCUCUUUUCCUUUUUCAAGAAAAAUUAACUUGAAAAAGAGAAACCUCUCCAGCCACUCUUGCUUCGAGAUGGGGAGGAGGCAGCUGCCCAGCUUGCUGAUGGACCCAACACUGAUCCACCAGGAAUAAGAAGGGGCAAAGGAGUUAACCUUGAGACUCUGCACUACUAACGCCGCACCUGGUCUGAACCAAAUGUUUACAUGAGUUGGAAUUCUGCAGAUUGACAUUGUGCUACUGAUAGAAAGCAACUUUUUCUUAUUCUUCAAGUGAAGCUAUGAACUUCAGGGUAUAUUUUAGGCGCUUUGACACAGUUUAGUUUCUGCUGUGAAGAAUAAUCCGAUUGAUCGUCUUAAAAGCAUUCUGAUGCUGGAGAAGGAAAUAAGCAGCCCCAAGACAAAGCAGAACAGGGGAUUGGGAACUGCCAUCACAGCGAGUGCAGGGGGAAGAAGAGAGCCCAGUGCAAGAGAAGAGAGGCGGCCCUCACACAGCUCUCCAGGCCUGGCAGCUGAUGUCCUUCAUCCAUCCCACUGGGAGCAGAGCUGCUCUGGCUGCAGCAUUGCCAUGUUGUGGGAAGACGAACCCUCACUGCACGUCCUACCUGGGUGCCGCCUGUGCCCGUGGCUCUGCGGAGCUGCUCAUCCCUUGCUGGGAACCCAGGCUCCUUGCAGGUCAGGGCAGAUGAAGGUUUGUGUCUUCUUCCAUCUCUCAGAAGAGUUGCAGAGACUGUAGGUGCACAAAAACGUUAAGGACUUCUCCCCAUCCCUAAUGGCCAUCUACAGCAGAUUACAAACUGAAUAGCGUUGUGGACGUUCAGUCCUGAGGUCCUCCAAAGGUCAAAGGUAGAUGUGGAACUUCAGCACAUCACACGCACCUUUCCCCCAAAGCCAUGUAUCCCUCCCAAACUGAGUAAGAAACCUGUUAUUGUAACAGGAUACCCUCCCACCCGCCCAGAAAACCCACUAACAACUCACCGAGAUCCUGUCCAUAAUGAAAUCAAUGCUAGGUUGGCAGGUGUGAUCCUUAGGAAACACACAGGCACCUUCCUUCGCUAAAGCCCCAGGCAAUUAGGGCAUCUGCAGAGCUCUGGGGAUCCGGCAGCUGGCUCUUUGGCCCACACAGUACCAUCAGCUGUGACCAGAUGGGAACAAUGAGGAUUUAUCCUGCCCAUAAGUCAUUUCCCACUCAGCCCCUCAGCCAGCAGGCAGCCAGAUCUCCUUUUAACCAAAGGUGAUCAAAGCCUGCUUUGCUGCAACCAAGACUUGACCAACAAGAAGGAAAAUAGCGUUUUUGGUGUAUGCACACAGUGGUGCUGGAAACCCUGCAAUACAUUUCCCUAUGCACCGGAUGGGCACCUCAGAGCUCUACCCUUUAGUAGAGUCUGCCUUCAUGAGACAGCGAAGCAGCCAGGCCAAGCUCAGAGUCAUCCUGCCUCCACCGUGCCAUUUUCACAUGUUAUCCCAGCUCACAAUGCCCACAGUCCCCAAUUUGUUUCCAUGCUGCUUCAAGGAGGCUCCCAUCUGGAACCAGGAACAUGCUCAGCUCUGCCUUGCUCAGCACAGGUGCUAAAACACCUUCUUAAGGGGAGCUGCUCCAUAUUUACAGUCACAGGCUUGCUGCUAGAAUUAGCUAUCCAACA